GAACCCGAUAUAUAUCUGCUGGAAACCCUAGCUCGGUCUCAGGCUCUCAGCAAACCCUACACCCGUCUGUUCUCGUCGUGGCGGCCGCCCCCCAUUCCCCAUCCUUGUCGCCGUGACGCCUGACGCCUUCUCCCCGGACCCCGAUCCGGCUCCGGCAAUCCCACGCCCAGGCUGUCCAGCUCCAGGCUCCACCGCUCCAGCACGACAGCACCACCAGCGCCGCCCUGCCCCUGUCCCUACUCCCUAAUCCCACGCGGCCACACCCAGGUCCCAGGAACCAGCACUAGGAACCAGCCGGCGUCCACUCCGUCCAGCGGAAAUUCGAAACCAGCGUCCAGCACUAGGGUGAACUGGCUGUUUGGACCCGUUCUUUAUCUUGCGUCGUUCAGCCGGCGUCCUCUCUCUCUCUCUCGUGGCGACGACUGGGCGACCUCCCCGCCCCCGCUGCUCUACGCCAGGUGCCCAGGUCUUCGUCGGGCCCUUCGCCGAAGAGCAGCCAACAGCUUAGGUUAAAAUCAAAAAAAUUUGUCGGGCGGAUAAUACAAGGCCUACACCAGAAGGAAUACCCUUUGUGCGACAGGCGAACAGCUGUCUCUCUCUCUGCAGUGUUAUUUGGUUUAUUAUAUGCAGUUGCAGGGGAGAAAACUAAGGCAUGUUCACUGCAGCUAGAAGCACAGCCGCAGCAGAUGCAGCAGGCUUCUUAUACAGUAUUUGCAGCUUAGAAGUUGGAGUGGCAGCUGCAGCUAGCUGCAGCAAACACUCCUAACAAUAAUAGUGGAGAGAGACUUUCAUGCUGUUUAAAUUUAGGUGAUUUUUGGGAAUUAACUUGCAGAUUUAUUAAUUAUUAUAUAGGUAAAAAGUGUAGUAUCAGUUACUAGGAGCAAGAACUUGCCCUGAUGACACAGUUAUUUUGGUUUUUCUCCUAAUAUUUAACCUUUUGAGUAAGUGUGCAGAUUAGGUCUUAAAAAGGGAUUGCGAUUAAGAUUUUAUUGCCAGAGCCUGAGCUGUAGAAUUUUCCAUUUACACACGUGACUGUACAGGGGGUAAACUUGCAGGAAUAUUACUUGGUGUUCCUAUAAGAUACACAUGCUGUGAACCCUGAUUUGUUUUAGCUGCUUUUGUUCGUUUUUGUCUACUUAGCCUUGCACACUGAGGACCUUUAUUGAGGUUGCCGGUCUGCGAGUUGAAUCAUGGCGGAGCACUUGGCUUCGAUCUUCGGCACUGAGAAGGACAGGGUCAACUGCCCUUUUUACUUCAAGAUUGGGGCCUGUCGUCAUGGGGAUCGCUGCUCUCGUCUGCACAACAGGCCAACUAUAUCACCAACUCUUGUGCUUGCUAACAUGUAUCAGCGCCCCGAUAUGAUAACCCCUGGAGUUGAUGCUCAAGGCCAACCUAUUGACCCUGAGAAGAUGCAGGAGCAUUUUGAGGACUUCUAUGAGGACAUCUAUGAGGAGUUGGGGAAGUUUGGUGAGAUUGAGAAUCUGAAUGUUUGUGAUAACCUUGCUGACCACAUGAUUGGGAAUGUCUAUGUCCAGUUCAGGGAGGAAGAGCAAGCAGCCGCAGCAUACAAUGCUCUUCAGGGGCGCUUUUACUCUGGCCGCCCUAUAAUUGUUGAGUAUUCUCCUGUGACCGACUUCCGUGAAGCAACCUGUAGGCAGUUUGAGGAGAACAGCUGCAACCGUGGUGGCUACUGUAAUUUCAUGCAUGUGAAGCAAAUUGGCAGGGAUCUCAGGAGGAAGCUGUAUGGGCGUUCUGCUUCCAGGAGGUACCAUGGGAGAAGCCGAAGCCGAAGCCCGCCACCACAAAGGAGGGGCCACCGUGACCGUGAUGACUACCGUGGUGGCGGCGGUGGUGGAAGGGGAAGAGGUAGCAGGUAUGACAGGUACGAUGAUGGAGCCGGCAGAGGUGGCAGGCAUGACAGGUAUGAUGAUGGAGCAGGCAGAGGCGGCAGACAUGACAGGUAUGAUGAUGGAGGAAGGCGCAGGCAUGGUAGCCCCCCAAGGCGUGCAAGGAGCCCAGUCAGGGAAAGCAGCGAGGAGCGAAGGGCCAAGAUUGAGCAGUGGAACCGUGAACGAGAGGGAAAACAGUGAGGGCUACUGUUCGCCGGACUCUCUCAUCCCUAUAUUCUAAGUAUGCUUGUGUGGAUGACAUUCUGCCUGGCUAAGUAAAACCUUUUUAAGAUCAGGAUUCCUCGGUUCAUUUUAUGGUUAAACCAGACAUCAUUUGUUUCCAUCUGUGUUGUGUCGGAUCCUUUGCUAUUAUGUUAUUUUGACAAUUGGUGUCAAAUCUUUUGAGGUGUGCUAUUAGCUUAUGAUGAUGUCAGUUGUGGUUUGUCACUAGAUUUGCCAUUUGGCUUUCA